UUCAUCACUGCGCCAUGACUGCGCCUGCUCGCCAUUGUAAUCCUUGUGGUUGUGCGAAGCCGCGUCGUUGACUUUAGAACUGAAUUUUACUAUUUUUUGAACAAUUCAAAAUAUUUAAACAACAACAAUUAUAAACAUAAAAUAAGUGCUUUAAAUCGCGCUAACAAUCAUGACUGACAGAUCAAGUAACGGCGAGUAUAAAUAUCGUGAUGAUAAUAAUGCCGACAAACCAAGGAGUCUUUUGGAUAAAGAUGAUAAAGAUUCACAAGCAGACAAAACUGGAGAAUAUGUGCGUGAAUUAUUACAAGAAAAAUUGGAGAUUGAUUCAUCCAAAUGGCCAAAUGCACUUCGUUUAAUUGAUCAAGAGAUUCAGAAAACUCAGGCCAUGGGAAAACCUCUCAGGGACCAAAAGUACGUGGACAUCUAUCGUGAGAAGCCAAUAAGAGUUGCCGUCAAGGUUUUGGUGCCAGUCCGCGAACACCCCAAGUUCAAUUUUGUUGGAAAACUAUUGGGUCCCAAGGGUAACUCCAUGAAACGCCUGCAGGAAGAGACGAUGUGCAAGAUGGCAGUCUUGGGUAGAGGUUCUAUGAAGGAUCGUCAAAAGGAGGAGGAGUGUCGGCAAUCCUUGGAUCCAAAGUACGCCCACCUUUCUGAUGAUCUUCACGUGGAAAUUGCAGCUUUAGCCCCACCAGCUGAGGCUCAUGCUCGUAUCGCAUUUGCUCUGGCAGAGGUUCGCAAAUAUCUUAUACCGGACAGUAAUGACAACAUCCGUCAGGAACAGAUGCGUGAAAUGGAAAUGACUAUGGGUGAUGACGGUACGCCAGUCAUGAGACCUCCCACUAGCAUCCUAAGAGGAUCAGCGAGACCUCCACCACCGGGUAUGCCACCGCGAUCAGCACGACCAAUCCUUCCACCGCCACCUGCACGAGGACCGCCCAUCACUCGUCCAGUUCCAGCGAAAACAAAAGUCCUCUCUAUUCUGGAUCGAGCAAGAGUCGCCAUGGACCAAACCUAUGGAUACGAGAAACCCACGAAACAUGACUACGAAUAUGGAUCUUCGACCAGUAGCCGAUACUCCGAUCGCCACUACAAAUCCUCGACAGCCGAUGAUAUGUAUCAAUCUAGUGGAAGAUAUGGAUCUUACGAUUAUGAAGAUGAUUCAAUGCCUCACUCAUCUCACGAUUAUUAUGAAUCAUCGGAAUAUCCAGAGGAUUCUUCAAGCCGCGCAUGGAAAAGUUACAAGACUACAACAACUUCAGGCUCGGCCUCGCGCUACCGCACAGCUCCGUAUACACGACCCUCCAAACCUCAGACAUCGUUCAUCUCUAUGAAACCAAUGUUCGGAAUGGAUAAAUCGUCAGGUGGAAUCGGAAAUAUGUAACAUGAAUACAUAUAAAAAUGUAAUAAAACAAAACGCGCUACAGCAUUUAUCGAAAAAUGACGCAAUCCUUACAACUCAUUUUUAAAAAAAAUAACUGCUUUAUUUCUCUUGAACAAAAAUACAUAACUCAUUCCUUUAAUGUCCUCUUAAAUCGUGACAGGGCAACAUGAAUUUUAAGUAAAAAUCCUUAAAGAUUAAUUUUUAAUAAAAAAUUAAUGUGAAUUAAUUAAUUACAUAUACUCAAAUAAUAUUGUUCGUAAAUAAUAAGUUUUAUCCCUUUUUUCUACGUUAUAUUAAUUCAAUAAAAGAGGAAUAAAUAUGUCUUUAAAAAAACAAUAUAAAAUUAAUACGUUUACUACAGAAUAAAAUGUCGACUCUUGCAGUUAAUAAGCUAUUCUAAAAUCAUUAAAAAUAAUAGAAAUUAUUGUAAUGUUAAGCGUAAAACAUUAAAAUAAUAAUCAUUAUUGCUUUUUUCAUCAAAUAAUGUAAUCUUCAGUGUAGCCUACAGGUAACAUUUGGAAAUUAUGUAACUUCAUGUAUCAAUGUGUAUUUUUUUUCUCUUUUUUAUAAAAGUCGUAAAAUUUUUCUUCUGAAUUACAUACUUAUAUACACAUUUAAUUAUUAUAUAAUAAUUAAAAUAAUGUAGGAAACUUCAUACUAAUAAUAAUUAUAAUGCGAAAUACGUUAAGGGGACGUCCAAAUUAUGAAGUGAAAAAUUACUUGAUUUUAAAAAUUCAACUAUUUCUAAUAAAUAAAAUUCUUAUCACAAAUUUUUAACAUUGCUUGUAAUGUAUCUAAUAUCAUUUAAUUUGUAAAUUCAAUUCGAGAUGAGAUUGGGCGUCCUUUUAAGUAACUCAAAAAUAUCAUCAACGGAAAAUUAAUUCAAUAUUUAUUCAAUAAAUGUAUUUGUCAUAAUAAGGAGAAAUAAACAUAAAAAAUCUGAAAAAUAAA